GGAAUGGAAAAUGAUACUAAGUUGCUAAGUAUAAUAAAAGUAACUAAUCACAGAUUAACUCAAUUUUUAAGUGGCUUUUUUUAUCAUAUUAUGACAUUUGACAUAAAAUUAAAGUUAGAAAUUUAA